AUGCAUCGGUCUUCCAAUUACUCAUAUCAACAAACCUCGAGCUCGAGGAGCUCCAACCACGGCACCAGCAGCGCUUUCAGUCCUAAUGCCAACCCCAAUGAGGACUGGACCAAGAUCUCAGACCUUGCAGAGCGUCGCCGGAUACAGAAUCGCAUUGCUCAGAGAAACUACCGCAAGAAGCUAAAGCGCCGCCUCGAAGACUUGGAGAAGAGAGCCGCAACUGCUUCGACAUCUCCAGAACGGUCACACGAGGGUUCAGAGUCGCCGAAGGCGGUGGUGCACACUGUCAAGUCCCGCACCAAACAGGCUCGCACAACCAAGUCUAGCUCAGAUGCAACCCGUCACACCUCCGCGCAACGAGGCUCUUCCCAUGACAGCCACUCCACCCAGGAAGAUCGCGGACCGAUGUUCUCCCAGCAAUGCACUCGACAGCUCUCAGCCUCGCCGCCUCCCGUGUUCUCUUACCCCUCAUACUCCCACUUGGAAUCCUAUGGUCACCAUUCGUACGGACAGCCACCUUCCUACCACUCUCUCAACAAUCACUACAAUGAUCUGCCAUACGGAGAGUACGGAACAACGCUGCCCUCGAUCCUGCCUGGUCCGAUACUCGGAUCGGGCGCAAAGAAGCACCACUCGUACGCCGAUGACGAGAUUGUCAGCCCCUUCAGUAUGAGCUAUGCAUCCAUGGCUGGCAUUGAUCUGGGUCCGACACCGCAACACCUUCCAGAGCACAACAUUCCUGUACAUGCCCCUCUCUCUACCUGA